AUGUUUCCAUGGUUUGCCAUAGGUCACAUCACUCCAUUCGUCCACCUUUCAAACGAGUUAGCCAAAAGGGGUCACAGAGUCACCUUCCUGAUACCCCCAAAAGCCCUAAUCCAAGUCCAACACCUCAACAGCUACCCUCACCUCAUCACAUUCUACCCUCUCACCAUUCCUCACGUAGAAGGCCUCCCUCAUGGCACCGAGACAGUCUCAGAUAUAGACCCUUCCCUGACCAAGUUAGUAGUCACAGUCAUGGACAAAACCCGUGACCAAGUGGAGCAAAUAAUCGGUGCAAAACAACCUGAUUUUAUAUUCUUUGAUACUGCUCAUUGGAUACCUCAAAUAGCCAAAAAGCUUGGCAUCAAAUCCAUUUUUUACAGCGUGAUUUGUGCAGCUAGCUUGGCCAUAGUGUAUGUGCCGGCAAGGAAUGUUCCCAAAGACAGGCCAAUUACCGUGGAAGAACUAAGCCAACCACCAGAAGGGUAUCCUUCUUCCAAAUUAGUGCUUACUGGCCCUGAAGCAAAGUUAUUGUUGUUCAUUUCAGCAACCUGUGGUGAAGGAAACAUAAGAGUAUAUGAUCGCGUAACAACGGCCUUCCGUGAAAGUGAUGCUUUAGCCAUUAGAACAACUAGGGAAAUGGAGGGUAGCAUUUGUGAUUACCUUGGAUCACAGUAUGGGAAAAAAGUGCUUUUGACUGGGCCAGUGUUGCCAGAGGAUGCUGAGGGGAGGUUGGAAGAAAAUUUGGCUAAUUGGCUUGAUGGGUUUGCACCUGGGUCUGUUGUGUAUUGUGCAUUUGGGUCUCAGAUGAUUUUGGAGAAAGAGCAGUUUCAGGAGCUUUUGCUAGGGUUUGAGCUAUCAGGGUUGCCUUUUUUGGUUGCUCUCAAGACUCCUAAAGGGUGUGAGAGUCUGGAAGAGGCAUUGCCUGAGGGGUUUGAAUCUAGAGUUAAAGGGAGAGGGAUGGUUUCAAGGGGUUGGGUUCAGCAGUUGCUGAUCUUGAAGCACCCAUCUGUGGGGUGCUUUGUGAACCACUGUGGGUUUGGGUCUAUGUGGGAGUCUUUGAUGAGUGACAAACAGAUAGUGUUAGUUCCACACUUGGCUGACCAAAUUUUGAACACCAAGUUGCUUGUUGGGGAACUUGAAGUGGCAGUUGAAGUGAAGAAAAGAGAAGAUGGGUGGGUUUCCAAAGAGAGUCUGAGCCAAGCCAUCAAGUCAGUGAUGGAUGAAAAAAGUGAGGUUGGUGCUAAAGUCAAGAACAACCACAAGAAAUGGAGGGAUGAUGGAGGCAAUCAAAAGCUACUGAAUAGCUACAUUGAUACGUUUGUCCAAGAACCUGAAGAUUUCUCCCCCACUGAAUGA